GCACUUCGCUGUUAACACGCGCGCGAGAGACGCAGUUGACGUAUUCUUUUUUUAAAUUUUAAUUGUUUAAUGUGAUUAUGGAUUGUCUUUGACUGAGUUACAGAUAAAGUAUAAUUUCAGAUUCUGAAAUGGCGGAGGAGGUGCCAACCGUCAAUCUGGAUGACACAGGAUCACAGGCUGCUUCAACUUAUGUAGCGGGAAGUAACCGUGAUUCGCUUAAUAGUUUACUUAACAAACCCAAAGACAACAAAAAUUGCCUGAAGGAUUGCACUCUAGGAACACAGUACUCUAUGACCUGCGAAGAUAUCAGAAAGGACACUAAAAAAAGUAGUUUCUGCUGUAGUACCACAUCACAAACAGUUUGGGGAGUAAUUCUGAUAUCUUUAUCAAUAUGUGGAUUCAUUUAUACACCUCAAGACUUAAUGCUGCGGGAAAAACUAAAUAUGAGACCUGGCCUGCCAUCAUUUGACUGGUGGUCAGACCCACCUGAUCAGGUGAGGAUGAGAAUGUACGUCUUCAACGUGACCAACCAUGACAGGUUUCUCUCUGGCGCUGAUGACAAAAUUAAUGUGGAGGAAAUUGGACCAAUUGUAUAUUUAGAAAAAUUACUGCAUUAUAAUAUAACUUUCAACGAAAACGGAACUAUGACAUACACAGCCAAGCGGUUUCUUAUAUAUCUACCGGAGUAGAAUACUAUUAACCUCAAUUCUACAAUAAUUGUUCCAA